CAGUUUUGUUUGAUCUACUUUACAGCUUGCCCAGAAUGUGUCGGAUAUGAACAUGGGUCAGAAUGAGAUUGACCUUGACAGUUUGCCUGCCCCACCACCCGAGUUUCUACUACAACAACAGUUCCUGUACGGCACCGUCCCCGACAGUCGUCAGCAGGGUAACUAUCCCGGAAUGUCCCAAACCCAUGGUCAGGCCAAGCCUGGGGGUCAGGCUGCCUUCACCCCUGGUGCGGGCAAUGUUAUUCUACCCCCCACCCAGCAAAAGGCCGUCAUCAACAUUCCCCCCAGUCAGCCAAUCAUGGUUGAGAAGCGUUCGGUUGGUCAGGAGCCACCUUCAGCACCUCAGGAGUUUAAACUGAUCCCAGUCAAGUGUGAGACAGAGGAGGGGCCUCCUCCAGCCCCUGCAGCCAACGCCCAGAAGCCAAGUCUGGAGAACAUUGAUCGCCAGGUGUUACAUACUGUUGACGACCACGCCAUACAGGUAUCUAAGAGUGAACAUCCAACAUUUAGAGACCUUGUGUGGGAUUUGAUCUACUCCAAGAAUAUCACAAACGAGAUAGAAAAAGUCAGAGUGAUCUUCCGAUGGCUAGCCACCAAGAACCUGAAGGAGAUAGAUUUUAACAAUGUGGAGAAGGGAAGUCCGGAGGAGGUGUUGAUGGGCCUCAAGACUGGAAAGACAACGUAUGCCAUGGUGUUUGAUACGAUGUGCUGUUAUGCUGGUCUUCACUCCAAGAUCAUCAGCGGUUACGCCAAAGGAGCUGACUACCGCCCGGGACAGAAGUUUACGCCCGGCUCUAAUCAGCAUUCCUGGACGGCCGUCUACAUCUAUGGCACCUGGUGUUUACUCGAUGCUCAUUGGGCAGCGCGGCGUAUCAUUGGUAAACAGGCCCAGGUAGAAGAGUUCCACUACCAGCUUGACGAAUAUUUCUUCCUGCCUGACCCACAUCAGCUAAUCUACACUCACUUCCCUGAUGAUCCAAAAUGGCAGUUGCUUGAUAGGCCCGUCAGCCUGGAGGAAUUUGAGAACAUGCCACACAUGAAACCGCAGUUCUUCAAAUAUGGCCUGGAAUUUGUCAGUCACAGGACCGCCGUCAUUUAUGGCCGAGGAGAAAUGAAUGUGCGUCUGCGUUACCCAGCCCAUAAGCUUAUGGUGGCCUUCAACUUCACUAUUCAAUAUGAAAAUUCAGAUGAGGAGUUUCAGGGUGUCAAGUUAAAUAGAUACGGCAUGCACGAAAGCGUUGGUGGAAUCGGAUCAUUCCGUCUUCGUCUACCAGAGAGAGGCUCGUAUAUUUUAUACGUAUAUGCCAAGGAAGAUACCCCAGAGAACACAGACAAUGUUUAUGCGCAAGUGUGUGAAUACAAGAUUGUGCAGGAGGAUGUUGCAUGUCCUCCUCCCCAGCCUUUCCCUCCCUGUGCCACCCUUCAUUGGGGUCCUGGUUCUGCCUUCUUUAAAUAUGGUCUGGCCACGUAUCAACAAACCGCAAACAUCAUCACAAGAGAGGGCAAGGUCGAGCUACAGAUCCGUAUCCCCAAACAAAUGCAAUUUAUGGCCAAACUCAAGCACAUCAGUUAUGACGAUGCUGAAUUAGAUUGUUAUGUUAUGCACAGAAUUGUAGGUAAUACGGCCCACAUUACCUGCUCGGUCCCGUCACGUGGCGAGUACGGACUUGAAAUUUAUGGCAAUGAUCCGAGUAUGGAAGGUAAAACACUCUUCCAUCUUGCACAGUUUCUAGUAGAAUGCCACGAGGAUGUCAAAACUACACCCCUCCCCAAACUACCACCUGGCUACCUGGGUGCCCAGAUUAAAUUCAGUGAGUUUGGACUAAACACCCUGAGCCAUCACGAUCCUGUCAUCCACCUAGAGAGCAAUUACAUUGAGAUCCAAUUUGCACUUGCGAAGGAAAUGCGUGUCACAGCUAACUUGAUUAGCGUUGACAAGGAAACGGACUUCCCAGAAUUUGUGUUCACCCAGACGCAGGGUUCUGUGAUCAGCUUCAUGGUCACCAUCCCAACCACUGGUUUCUAUAAGCUGCAACUGUACGCCAUCCCUGCAGAUGACCCGAGCCAGCAGCUGCCAGGCGUGUAUAAUUACCUCCUCAACUGUCAAGCUACUCCUAAGGCCGUUCAUCCCUUCCCCAAACAGUAUGCCCAGUGGAAAGAGGGUUGCUACAUGUGGCAGCCAAUACGCCUACAUAAGGAAAUGCUUGAGGGCCCAGAUCGCUCCACUAAAUUCCGUGUCUGCAUUCCACGCGCUGAGGCAGCAGCUAUGGUCGUGGAUUCAGACUGGACACACCUGACCAGCAACCAGCCAGGAAUAUGGGAAGGAGAUGUCAGUUUUAAGAAUCAUAGCAUGAAAAGUUGCAAGGUCACUUUGAAUGCAAAUUACGGAGGUGACCGCACCAAUUACGCUACGCUUUUAGAAUACAACAUUGAUGUAUAGACUCGCUUGUUCUACGCAUAGGAACGUACAGGAAGGACAUUAUAGAAAUCUACCUGAUGCAGAAACAUUCACACUCUGCUUGCUUGGUAAUCUUCAUCUGCCUUACUGUAUCACAUAUUAAAACUUUCACGUGUCUAGGAACAAAUUUCAGCUGUGACAUCUAACAAAGACAGGAAGACCACCAUAGUCGAGCUCAAGUGUUGUAAGAAGAGUUUGACUUAAUUUAACAAGUUUUAAGUAGAUUUCUACUUAACCUGAAAGAUCUUUUAAACAACAAACAGGACAUGCAAAGUGUGUAUAAAGGUGAAAAAAAGUCAUAUGAAAAAAACAAAAUCAGUGUUAACAAAGACAUUUAGAAAUGGACUGACUACCAGGUACUUUCUUAUAAGGAUAAUAAAUGGCAGUUUGUGAAAAAGUGCAAGAAGCUUGGUUAAUACAUAUGCAUGGAUUCGACCGUAAAGGAGCAAAAUUAUGUUUAGUGUAAUUGCAAUUGUGACGAAAUUACAAAUUUGAAGAUUAAGUAUAUUGAAGUGUCAUUCAUCAGCCAAUGAACAACCGUAGUGAACUUUCGAAUGUAAUCUGUACAUGUACUGUGAAGGUAAAUUUCCAUCUACAGAAAAAUAUCAUUGGUCACAAAAAAUUGUUUUGGUGCUUUUUUGCUUUUAAACAAAUGUUUGAAAAUAAUUAGGUGAACAUUUCAUUGAUUGUUCUGAGAAUUUUCAAAUUUUCAAAUUUUUAAUUGUCUUCAAACAGUUAAACUGACCACUCCAACUUGUGUUAACAUUUUAGAUAUUUGUGGUUUCUCAUCAAUUUAAUGUUGACACUGGUUGUCGAUGACAUCUGAUGAAUUCAAUCCUUUUUUAUAAAAUACCUUUUUUUCCAUUGUCAGAAAUAAUGGAUUUUGAUUUGUCUUUACUUUAUCUAAAACCACAUACAAAAAAUCUUCCUAAUUCUAUCUUAAUAUGAAUUUGUACACAAAAACCAGAAAAAAAGGGUUGUUAAAUUUUUAAUGCAAAAUCAUUAUUGACAAUAUAUUUUCAAAGAAAAUAACUAUUUGAUGGACUUCUGGACCAUUUAAGUUUUGUUUGUAGAAGUUUCAGUUUGAAUGUGAUGAAUCUUGUGUAUUUGACUCCUGCCAUUAAUCUCGUUCUAGUGUACAUUACACCAAGUGCUCAGAAGACAAAUAGCUAUACAUAUUUAUGUACUUGUAUUUUGUACUCGAUAAAUGUUGGUCGAUGGCUAAAAUCUUGGCAUUAUAGCUCAAACAUUGGUGUUUUUUUUUAUUAUUUUAUCAUCUCAAUAAUUUACUCCAUAAUAAAAAGAAAAUCAUAAAAUUGAAACAAAUUGGUUUCUAUUGUUAUUAAUGACAACUGCAGUGUAAUCUACCUACAUACUUAACCAGUAGGUAAUAUAAGUUCUAUAAUAUUUGCACAAAGGAUCAGGGUGUCAUAUUUGGCCAAUUAUAGUCCCUUCCUAAUAAGAAAACUCCCAGAAGGUAUAUCUAUACAUAUGUAUGACUACCAGUGUAUCUCCCAAUGGGUUAAACAGAUAUUUGUUUUUCAAAUAUAGCAAUUUAUGUUUGUCUGACCCAGCGGUGUCAUUACGCAAAAAUAAAUACUUUUCGAUAAGGGGCCGUAAAAACGACCAAAUAUGGCACCCAUCCUUUGUGACCUAAUAACUGUAGUGGGGGCAAUUCGGAAAAUAAGAAUAUUUGUGGAACCUCCCAAAAGGACAGUUUCUUCUUAUAUUGGAGUCAAAUGAUUUGUUAGUAUAAUUAUGCUUGCUCAUAUGAUUUACUUUUUAUAUUGUUUGUUUAUGUUUUGUAGAAUGCUUUUAGGUUAAUGAUAUUGUAGAAAUCAGGAUGUGAAAUUGCUGAUCCUUUACUGCAUUGCAUACUUGCCAACUCUCCCUAUUUAGGAAGGAGGCUCCCGAUUUUGGACCCUAAAAUUUAGUAUUUACAAUCAGUGAAUUUGCCAAACAGUUCCUAUAUUCUAAGAGCUAUUGAUUUCAUCUGAGAGAACAACACAAAUAAUGUCAUUUUCAAGGGUUAUUUUGUCUCACAGCGGUGUAUACCGUACACACCUCUAUUUAUGAAUGCAGAAUCUCCCCCAUGGGAAUUUAAAAAAAUUGGCAAGUAUGCAUUUUAAUGGUAAAAAUAUAUAUUCUCUGGAAAAAUAUCAUGUAAACAACCAUUUAUGACUCUGAUGUUGUUUGAUUACAGAUGUAAUUGAAAAGAAGGUCACACAGGUUUCCCAGAAAAGUUGUAUUGUUUUUAUUAUUUUUUUACAAUAUUUGUGCAAUUCUCUGAACACUCCAGUUUAUGCAUUUAAAUUACUUUGCUAAAAUGUAACGUACGGCUUUCCUUCUGAUUCCUGAAACAUGGGGAAUAUUAUUGGUCGUAAAUGCCAAUUUGGAAGUAUGAAAAUUUGAGAAACUCAAUUAACAUCAGUACUGCAGUUAGUACUUUAAAUUGUUUAAAUCAAAGCCUGACGCAUUCUUCAGGACCAAUUUCCUUUAAAAUACUAUUUUAAAUCGUGGCUGUUGAAUAUAAUACGAUUGAAUAUGUUAAUUUGUCUAUUUCAUCUUUCUUUCCCAUUACAGUGACACAAACCUUUCUUACUCCGUCUUGUUUUCUAUCCUGUCAAAGUUGUUUUGGAGUUAAUGAAGCAAUCAUAUUUAUAGGUGUAUGGUUUCUGUCAAGUACAGGAAACGCUGGGUGAAUAUUUAUGGACGUCCAUUACUAUUGUUCUAACACUUUGUGCCUCUUUGUAUUAUUCAUUAUACAUUUAAUAAUUUUAUUAAAAUUACUUUUAAGAAAUUUUAUUACAUAUUGACAACUUGUGCUGUCACUCUCUGAAGCCAGAAGUUGUAUCGUCGCGUCUUCGUGCUGAAAAAUACAAUGCAUGAAAAUGGUUUCAUGAAAAAAAGUGGAAUAGUUAAAGACUUGUUUAUAGCUGUUUUGACUUUGAACAUAUUUUCUUUAUUUAUGUAUAACUUUUCCACUGUACGUGUUGUACUGUCUCUGCUUUCUGCCAUCACACGAUACGUACCACUUUCUAGUUUAUAUGUGACUGUCGGCUGGUAAAGCUAGGUUUCUCGGAAAGCCGAAAAUCAAUAAUGUUAAUGUAGAAUCUGUUUGUUAUAAAUUAACUAUCAUGUAUUUCACAAUUCUGGCUCAAUGUUCAUUUCAUUGCUCUUAGUUUAACACAUCUAACCCCAGAUGACUUUAUAUUCUAAAAAGGGGGGUAACUCUUACCUUGUUUUUGUUCGAUGGUAUGACUUUUAACACCAAAUGCAUAACAAACACACACUAGUUUGCCUUUAUAUUAUAUUAUAUAUUCAUGUUAGAUAUUGUUCAAAUUCAAUUUUUAUGCUUUUUACUUAUAGUUGUUACACAAUGUAGAUUAUAAAUAAAGCUGUGCUUCUAAUA